AGGAGUAUAUAUAUGGCUCUGGUGAGGAGUAGGACCUCACACAGCCACUGAAGCUCUUUGUCUGAAGACAGCAGCUCAUCACAUCACAGCACCACAGAAGAAGAGAUGGCCCAGAUCAGAGCCCCUGUUAUUGUGCUGCUCGUGCUCCUGGCUGUGGGGCUGUUUGCUGCCGAGGUUUCUGCAGCUAAACAAGGUUUUCCUAGAGGCUGUUGUACGAGUUACUCCCAGGGUAGGAUGGACAUUCGUCUCAUCCUUGGCUUUUCCAUACAGACAGUGAAAGACGGGUGCAACAUUGAUGCUAUCAUUUUCCACACUGGCAGUGGGAGAUUCCCAUGUAUGGAUCCCACCAAGGGCUGGGUUUUGAAAGCUGUUCACAAGCUGAGAGAGAGAGCGGAACGAUUAAACAAGAAAAGGUCAUAGGAAUAGUGUUCAUCACAAGGGUACACAGGACGAAGAGUUUGUGUUGCUAUCUUCAUUGACGGAGGAGAAUGCAAACAUGCUGGAAUCCUGCUAUCUCUAAGUUUAUCCAACUACCUGAAUUUUAUCAGACAUUUCUCUCUGCUGAAAAGUAUAAUAAAUGAAGGAUAUAAGCAACGCGGAGCACCUGGACACAGCCCUGAGACAUUGUAUAUUGGCCACAUAUGACAAACCCCUGAGGAGCCUUAUUGCUAUUAUAAACUGGUUACAAACAUAAGUAGAGCAGUAAAAAUAUUAUUUAUUGUCAUACCGAUAGUAUAUGGUCUGACAUACUACAGCUGUCAGCCAAUCAGCAUUCAGGGCUGGAACCUCUGUUUAUUAUUUUACAUAACCUAUUUGUAUAUGAAAUCAUCUGUGUUGGCAGAGUUUAAUGGUAUAAUCUUGUUGUAUGAGCAUCAGAAAUCACAUGUUUUAACCCUUUUAUUCAUAAAGGUCUUGUGUAUGAUCAGAUCAUUGAUCACAUCUGUUAUAUUUAACAGUUACUGUUACAUUUUAUAUCUAUAAUAAAUCAUGUAUAUUUUACUAAGAAUUCUCACUUCUUUUGUG